AUGGACACGCUAUCGUCAAGAUCCUACCUGGAACUGUCACAAGAACAGGAAACUCCAAUAAACACCAGGUCUAGCCGGCUAAGACCCCGAACGAAAGCAGCCCAACCACCGGAGAUUCCCGACCAAGCGACGGAUACAAACUCGGCUGGUCCGGAUCGUCCCGUGCGGAAGAGAGGCCGGCCGCGAUCACAGGCCAAAGACGCCACUGCUAUUGAGGAACGCCGUCUGCAGAUCCGACGGGCACAACGCACCUAUCGUCUCAAAAAAGAGACUACCAUCCAGACUCUCAGAUCUCGCGUCAAUGCACUAGAGCAGACACUAGAGAAUGUAUCAAAUCUCCUAGGCGGAGCCCACCACGACGCAGUCGAUCGCCUCAACGAUGAACCGACACUCCAGCCAAGCGUGGACUAUCUCGCUCGCACACGAGAACUCAUUCUAGCAGAAAUAAACAAGACCCGUCUCACCUCCGAAAACAACAAUCUCCAACUCGAGCAGACCAACGCUCCAUCGAGAGACAAGGCCAUAUUCGGCUACGAACUAUCUCAUACACGUCCCCAGAAGAACUCCAUCAUCUCCUCUUCAUACCCAGCAUGCAACCGAGCCCGCUCCCCAUCCCCACUAAUAAACCGCAUCCUCCCAGCAACAACAAUCUACACAUACAGCCACCAAGAAUCCAACCUCUCCCGCCGCCUGCACAGAUUCAGCCUGGAGCACACCUACCGCUGGCUAACAGACCCGCGCACCGAGCCCGCGCUGCUAAGCCGCGUCUUCGGGCUCGUGCCCUGCAUCCACGACAUGGCCGGCAUCCGCCGCCAUUACCGACGCACGGUGCAAUCCGAGAUCGGGAGCGUGCUGGAAUUCGCCAAGAUGCCAUUCUACACACUCGGCGGUGCGGGGAAACACUUCCCGCGCAGGGACGGGGACGGAAACCCCGUCGACCCGGAGAAUAGCCGGAGACCUGGGAAAAUCCUGCGGCGGAUGGUGCGGAUUUUGCAGCGGGGCGGGAUCCAGGAUUGGGAUGAGGAUUGGAGUGGGGAGAGGGAGCCUGUUGCUGCUACUUUGGAGGGAGGGGUGGUGCAGAUGAGUGAGGAGGAGAGGAUUCGCUCGUUGGAUCUGGACGGGGAGUGGUUUGAUUGCCAUGAUGUGCAGGGUUAUCUGGAGCAUCGGGGUCUUGUGCUUGAUGGGUCGGCAUUGAGGCUCAGUGUUCCGGAGAGUCUGGUUGGGGCUUUGUAUGGCUUUUCGCCGGAUCGGUCGACUGUUUCCAGUCUUUAUGCUUCGUCUGGGAUCUCUCCUGGUAAUAUGGAGUUUGAAUCCUCGACCUCGUCGUCGUAUACUCUGGAUAUUGAGUGUUUCUUUGACUUACUUCUCGCAAACCUCCGAAUCCUCGGCCGCGCACCCGGUUUCCGAGUAUGGGACGUCGAUGCGGCAUUGCGAUCAGCGGUCUCCCGUCGCCCCUUUACCUAG